AUGGCUUCCGACCCCCUAUUUGCCAUGCUCAGUGGGAGUUUCGCAGAAGGGCAGCAGUCGGAGGUGCCGUUUGACUAUUCGGGGGAGGCUCUUUACGCCUUCCUGGAGUUUCUCUACAGAGGUACCUUCUGCGUCAAGAAGGCAAUACUGCCUGAGCUGCUGCGCCUGGUCCACCAGUGGGAGGUGCAGCCGUUGCAGGCAGCACUCAACGAGCUCCUGGUGAAGCACAUGACCCCAGAGCUUUGCUCAUCAUUGAUAGUUGACUGCGAGGUUUUGCUCGUGGACAAACUGGAUGAAAUGCUAGAAAGCUACGUGCUGGAGAACUUUGGAUCAUGCGUGCGAACUGAGCAGUUUGGAUCUUGGCCACUGCACCGCAUGAUCGGAAUUCUUCGCAGUGAUGAUCUAGUGGCAGAGCAUGAAGAGGAGGUGCUGGCAGCAGUGAUGCACUGGCACCGGAGUGGCCCCGGACGCGACGACGCGACCGCAGCGCUGCUUCAAAUGGUUCGGUUCCCGCUGCUAUCUGUGGCAGCCCUCCAAGGCUUAGGCAGCCGGGAAGGUCUAACAGGCCUUCCGGGAGUCGUCAUGUCCCGCCUGGCAGCCGCAGCGCUGAAGGUCCACCAGGGCUGUCCGCAGAGCGACUGCCAGCGCUGGGAACGACCUGACAGCCAUGACGAGCAGGCCUCCUUCAUGAAGACCGUGAAGCUUCGCAAUGCCUACCCUUACUGGUGGGCGGACUUUGGCUGCUCCCUCCGUGGUGGGGGCAUAGUGGCAGAGCGCAGUGGCAUCGAUCAAGAGGGCGAACUGGAGCCCUGGGCUGUUCACAUCCAUGACCAGUCGCUGUACAUCAUUGACGGCCGAGAGCCUUGCUGCGUUCUUCAGGUCUGGUCUGAUGCACGGUCAUGCGGCCAAAGCUUCUUUUAUGGAGAGCUUGCUGCGGCGGACCUCUUGGCAGGCUUUUACUCAUCACUGAAAGGCUCCGUGCUUGAGCUUUCCGAAUCCCUGCGAUGUGUUGGGGACCACGUCAAGGAAGAGGACAAGACAGCUGAGCCAGCAGCGCCAGCUGAAACUGUGCGGAGAGUGGUGAGGCCAAUUAUUCCCAGGGAACUUCCCGGAACCCUGGCAUUCUGCUUUCCCGAUGGUUUGCCGGCUCGGCUAGUGGAGGAAUUGGAGACUCAAAUUCAUUUGGCAGCAUCGCCUCAUGUGUUGUUUCCGUCGCUAUUCAAUUUCAUUUCCGGCUUCGAUGGUGGUGUCACUUCGUUUGCCGUUCUGCAGCUCACUGAUGCCACGCUUGUUGGGAGUCAUUUGUUGCCACUCUCUGCAUGGGACAUUGGCGCAGUGGUAAGUUCACGAGUUUGCGGCGCCCUAUGCGGGUCCAUGCUCCUACUUUGCACCUCCAAAGAGCCCUCUUCGCGCGACAUUCUGAUAUGGACUGCUGUUGGCAUUACAGCCAUCUCACUUGGCACGUUCUUUGUGGCGGACCGGAGCACGCUUCUCGCGUUGCGCUUCCUUUCUGGCAUCACAGAAGGGGUGUCGUCUCCUGCUAAAGCUGCUUAUGUUGUGGAGACCGUGGAAGCUGAGCUGCGUGGAGCUUCCAAUGGAAGCCGCUGGGCGGCUUUCGCCUUGGGCUCCUGUGCAGGGGUGGCUGCAGGCGCGGUGCUGCAGCCCAUCCCAGGGGCCUGGCAGGUGAUGCUGAGUGCCGUGGCAGUUCCCUCCAUCAUUGCGGGGGUUGGCAUGGCAUCGCUGCCACACUCCCCACGAUGGCUGGUGCAUGGUGCAGACGCCACAAUCAGUGAGCGCCAGUCCUUAGCACUGGAAUCCCUACAGACUCUACGACCCAGCAUCGACCCAAACGACAUCUCACUACAGAAAGAGCUUUCUGUCAUUUGCGAAGGUAUGAGGGGUGACAAAGACGAGCCCACACCUUUGAAUGUCCGCGAGUUGUUGCAGCAUCCUGCAACUGAAAUUAGCGCGCUUUUGACAUGCAUCAAACAGGCAAACGGGACUGUGUGUUUGACAACUUAUUUGGCCCCUGUCAUGGCUGCAAUGGGCUUCCAAAAUCAUUUGACGACGCUGGGCGUGGUAUUGAUGGCUGUGCGAUCCGUUUCAACGCCCAUGGGUAUCGUGCUGAUGGACCGUCUCGGCCGUAGAGGCAGUUUGCUGCUGGGUUGCUUGGGAUCUUCGGUGUCCAUGUCUACGCUGCUGCUAUCCCACGCUCUAGGCAACCACGCACCUACUUGUCUCAUGACUUUGUCAUUUACCUCGCUGGCCGCUUCCGCAGCAAUCUUCGAGCUUUGCUGGGCACCAACAUCGUUUCAACUCACCACUGAGAACCUCGGCAGCAGGUUGUACCCGCAGCGGCUCCGACAGCAUGGCCUCGCUCUCUCGCACGUCUUCAACUACGCCGUGAAGGCUAUGGAGAUGCAGGUGUUUCCGAUUGCCCUUGCAGCUGCUGGCCUUACUCCAGUGUUCACGGUCUUCGCUGUGGUGAAUACUGCGGGCUGUAACAUGUUGGUACAUGUCGUGGAAGGUGGAAUGGAUGUCCAUCCCGUGUGGAAUGAUAGGAGCUUCAAGCAGGACAAGGCAACAAACAAUCUUCGCGAUGCCUUGGUCAGGCGAGAUCCAGGCUCCAUGGAGUUGGCUUUGCAGGAGCUGGUAGAUGCCAAAAGCGUGAAGCUGGACCUGCAAAGCAGAAGGUUGGGUGACAUUGGCGCUUCGAAGCUGGCCGAGGCUCUGCAGGCGACUCGGAGCCUGGAAGAGCUGGAGCUGAACUUGGGCAGAAACAGCAUCAGCAAGAAGGGCGCAGAGGCCCUAGGAGAGGGCCUCAAGCAGCUGCAGAAGCUCCGGAGGCUCCAGCUGAACCUGUGGGAAAACUCCCUUGGUGAUGAUGGGGUCCAAGCUUUCUCGGACCAGCUAAGUCAGGUCCAAUCCUUGGAAGUGCUGGAACUGGAUCUGCUCCAGAACAGCAUUGGUGAUACGGGCUCUAUUGCCCUGGCCACUGCUGUGGGGGAGCUCUGCUGCCUGAAGCAGCUGAGGCUGAACGGGGUGAACGACUUCUCGGACAUCAUCGACAUCGCCAUUGACGCUUCCGGGGAUCUUUUUGCCUCCAGCUUGCAAGAGUCAAGGCCUGUCAGGCCUGGCAUGUACAACGCCUCAUGGCUGGCACCACUUGGCCUGAUCGCUGGCCUGUGCCCACGAGGCCGAGGUACACAUGGACGGCGUCGGCCUGCGUGUCUGCGCUUGAGAUCUGCCAGUGUCACGCUUGAUGCGCCCAAACAGAGGGCUGUACCAGACACGCCAAAGCCAAAAGCUUCCGGAAUCGUGCCAGAGCAGCUGGCAACUCUAGAUGUCCAAGGACAAAUCUCACCUGCGGCUUCGUCUACCAGAUCAAGUCAGCUUUCACUGCGGGAUUUCUUGCUUGGGCUGGACCACAAAUUACACGGUCGAAACAUGUUCAAGAACUGGAUCAAAGUUGACAAGGCAUUGGAGGUCGGUAGUGCUGGAGCGCUCCAGCAGUCAAACGGUCAAAAGCCUGCAGUCCCUGACGGCUUCAGCUCGGCCACAAAGCCGACGAUUGCAGACGUGAAAGACUUUUUCGUCGUUGCAGAUUGGAAUGACUGGGGCUUUGAGUGUAUGGCCACGGUCAAUGGCUCGAAGUCAUGCUCCGAAGAGUGGUUGCUGGAUGUGAAGCUGUCACAUGAGGGAGGAGAGUUCCAAAUUGCAUGUGAUGGAGAUUGGUCACGAGUGCUGUAUCCAAGUGGAAUGGCAGGUGAAGUUGAUGGUCCUGAUGCUGAAGGCCAUGGGCAAAACUGGUGCCUGAAUGGCAGAGUAGGAGACACUUAUUUGCUUCGCCUGGCAAUUGGAGACUCGGGACCGGUGGUGUCCUGGGAUUUGGUGGAAGAAGGCCCCAGGGCCGAGGAUUCUUUCGAUGACUUUUCUGACUGGAGUGGUACAGCCUCCGGCUGGCAAGAGGCCAUCCAGCGGAUGGAAGAUACAAAGCGCUGGGGUGGGGAUUACCGUGCCGCACGCAGCGAGGCCUUGAGGCUCUGUGGUGAGGCAGGAGCCUCUGUGCCAGCACUGGAGCUUUUGGAAGAUAUCUGGUCAGAGGACAAACAAUCUAAUGAGCCUAGCCGGGCCGAUUACCAGUCUGUACUCCUUGCCUGUGAGCGUUCUGGCGAUGCGGUGCAGGCUGCCAUGAUCCGGCAGGAGAUGUUGGAACGGGGAGAAGAUUACCAACCAGAGCGGUUCUGCUUAACACCCCGAGUGUACUGGAACCGAGAUGUGAGGCGCAUGGGAUGCGGUGCCAGCAAUACCCUGGAUUGGCACGGUGGAGACCCUUUGCCCUCGCCUCCAACCAAGCGCACAUGGCUUCUGCCAGCUUCUGACACCAUGGCUGUUGAGAUUGCCAUGCAGCAGGAGGCUUUGCGGAGUGCCGGGUGGAUGAUUUUGUCCUGUGAUCCUGAGAUUGUGCGACGUCUCGAUGACAAAGUGGCAUUACAGUCGCUUGCACAUGACAUGGGCUUGUCAACGUACUUUCCGGAGCGAUUCACAUCUCCAGAGCUCGCCCGCUAUCCAUGCAUUCUCAAGCCAGCAGCCGGGGAAUUUGGAGCGGGAGUCGAGAUCGUCUACUCAGCAGAGUCCGUCCGCCGAAUUACGAUCGUGGAAUCAGGCGAACUUACCUGCCGUUGGCUCCUGCAGGAGCUGGUCACUGGAUGCUACGAGUAUUCAACAUCCUUGCUGGUCGAAAAUGGCCGGAUCCUGGAGAAAGCUUGCAUCCGCUACCAAUAUGACGCAGAGGAAUAUGUGUGGCCGCAUGUCAACGAGACUAACAAGGAACUAGUUGAGCCAUCAGAGUCGCAUAUGGCCGUGAUGGAAAAGCUAGUUCAAGGCUAUUCUGGAUUUGUGAACUUCAACUACAAAAUCCGAGAGGAGGAUGCGCAGAUGCUCAUUAUGGAAGCUAACGCGAGAGUUGGUGCAGACCUGGCGUGUGAUGUCCCCCGGCCUCAUGCCCGGAACAUGCUGCAAAUGCUGGAUGACUUGCAGCAGGUUCGGCCUUACUCUCUUUUGCAGACUGCCAGGAUCCGCGAUGGUGUCGGCGAAGUUGUGGGCGAGGGGAAACUUUGCCUCGAUGUCGGGACGCGAGCCCUGUACAUAGGUGCAGAUGGUUCUAUCUACUUCAUCGAUGAGAACGGUUCGCGUGUGCAGCGGUACUUCGAAGGUCACACGACGUCAGUGGCGGGCCGCCAGGAGAGUGGCAGCGAGGCCUCGCAGCUGGAGGAUGCAGAGGACAUCUUCGUGACCCGUGAAGGAGUGCUGUAUGUGUCAGACAGCGGCAAUAACCGCAUCCAAAAGUGGGUUCCUGGAGCAACAGAGGGUGUGACAGUGGCCGGCGGCAAUGGCAAAGGUUCACGCUUAGACCAGCUGCAGCACCCUGUUGGCCUCCACAUCACCGAGGAUUCGACCAUCUACAUAGCAGACUACCAAAACCAUCGCAUCAUGAAGUGGCGAGAAGGCUGGCAGCAUGGGUUGGUGGUUGCCGGUGGUCAGGGGAAUGGGGAUGAGCUGUACCAGAUCAUUGAUCUUCUCGCCUCGCCUGACGCGCUCCAAGCAAUGGCGUACAUCGCUGCAGCAGUGUGGUCCGUGCCAGAGGCUGCAGGGCUCUCACCUCACGGCAGCGAGGAGGAAAGGUUGGAUGCAGUGGUGUUGGAGGUCAGCAGCCUACGCGCGGGCUCCACAAGGCUGCCGCCAGCACCGUGGCUGGCCCGCUUCGUGGCCACGGAGGUAGGCCUGACUCUGCUUGCUUGUGCAGCUGGCAGCGCUGGAAACAUGGUGGGGUACCUUUGCCUUGCAACGCUGCCGCUUUUCGCAGCGCGGUUUAGGCAAGAGCUGCACUGGCUCCUGCACAAGCUGCCUCACAGCGAGGACAUAGAGACCUGGCAAGCUCAGCAGCUGUUUCUCCAUGGCGGGUCUUGCUUAGCUGCCAUCUUCCAGGUUUCGUGGCUUCGACUCGCACUCUUUGUCGCCUCAAAGCAGGACGUGGUGUUUCCGUCAGCACUUUGCUUCGUGUUCCUCAACAUAGGUUAUGCCCUGGCCCUCCUCGCUGCGAAGAGCCUGCAGGAGAUCGCUUUGCCUGCCCGGAAGGGCGAUGCAUCCCCAGAGGUCUCUGUUGUGCAGGUUACCGAGUCCACCGCAAGAGCCGAGGAGCUGGCUGAAGCCUGUUCCAUUUGCCUCAGGCCUCUUGGCAUCGGCGAACCCCUUAGGCGCCUACAUUGCGGCCAUGCAUUUCAUCGCUCUUGCAUUGAGGGCUGGCUACGCAGCGGUGUCAUUUCUCGUGAUACGCGGAUUUGCCCCUUGCGCUGCGAGAACCCACCGCAGCCGCCACCACCGCCGCGGCCGACAAAUCGCCAUCGCUUGUCCGCAUUGGGCGGUGCCUGA